AGAACGAGCUUGCUUUACGUCGCUUUAAAAGAAUAAAACCUUAAAUCAAGACACAAAAGAAAGACAAAGGAAAUUUAGGCUUUACACAGGCUGUAGAAUUGCCGUCAGCUUUACUUUAUAAACUUCAGGUCGAUGGACUUUUGGGGGACAGCUGUGGCGACCUGAAGACGUUGGAUGGAAAACAUCCUGGAAAGUCUCGUUUUUCUUCACAAAACUUUUAUAUAUAUAUAAAAUUAGUCCAUAGAUUCGGUGUUGGGUCGUUUUCAGGUGAAGAAUGGCUUCUGAAGUUACUUUAAAGGAAGCGGAGGAAUUGGCGCGCUCCCUGAGUGAAGCCCUCAGCAAUGGAGAUGCAGAAGAGGCAGCCAGCCUGUCCCAGAGAUUGUCACAGCUCAACAUUCCAGUGUGUGUCACCAUUAACAGUCAGGCCUACUCUCAGGACUCCAUAAGGUUGAAAGUGGGUGUGGAAGAUGCUCAGUCAGACACCUACAUUCCAGUGUCGGUUGAGGUUUCUGCAGAUAUGACAGUUGCACAACUCAAAGACAAGUUCAGCACUGAGUAUGGUUUCCACACUUCACUUCAACGUUGGGUCAUUGGCAAGCGGCUGGCACAGGACCAAGACACACUGUUCAGCCACGGUGUUCGUCGGAGUGGAGACCAAGCUUUUCUGUUUAUUCUUUCAGCUGCUGCUGCUCAUCUCACACGGCAACAAGACAAGCUGGACCAGCAGCAACAGUGUAUAGAAGGCAUCAUUGAGAUUUUGAAACUGAUACCCAGAGGGGUCAAAGAUAUUGUCACCGAGAAGCCGAUGCCUCUUCCAGCAGCUAAACCAACUCCUCCUGAGCUCCCAGUGGUGACUAAACCUGCUGUGCUUCCAAAACCUCAGCUGGGCUGGACCUGUCUCUUGUGUACCUACAUAAACAAACCAACACGUCCUGGCUGUGCAAUAUGUGGAGGUGAAAGACCCAAGGACUACACGGUGCCUAACAUCUACAAACCAGACCCUGAAGAGGCACAAAGAAUCCAGCAAGAGCAGCUGGCCAUAUUGCAGUAUGAACAGGCUAAGCAGGAAGAGCGACAGAGGAACUUCUUGCACCUGUUGGAGAUUGACCGUCACAGCCUCGUCCCCAACGAGUCAGAGAUGGAGUGCCCUGUCUGUUUCUGCUCCGUGGACCCCGGGGAAGGCAUCACGCUAAGAGAGUGUCUGCACAGCUUCUGCAAGGAUUGUCUUAAAGAGACCGUAGUGAGCGGUCAGGAUGCUGAGGUGGCCUGUCCAAGCUGCGAUUGCAAGCUACAAGACCGAGAGAUCGCAGCACUCUUGACAGAAGAGGAGCACCAGCGCUUUCUGGAGUUGCGUCUCAGCAUUGCAGAAAGCCGCUCGGAGCACAGCUUCCACUGUCAGACUCUCAACUGCAGAGGCUGGUGCAUCUACGAGGACGAAGUCAACGUGUUCUACUGUGAACUUUGCAAUGAAACCAAUUGCAUUCUCUGCAGGGCCAUUCAUAAGGGCAUGAAUUGUAAAGAUUACCAGGAUGACCUGCGCAUCCGAGCAGAGAAUGACUUGGCAGCCAAGCAGACGAACCAGAUGUUGGAGAGAUUACUGGAGAGCGGGGAGGCCAUGCGCUGUCCACGGUGCCACAUUAUCGUCCAAAAGAAAGAUGGCUGCGAUUGGAUCCGUUGUUUGAUGUGCAAGACAGAAAUCUGCUGGGUCACCAAACAAGCUCGCUGGGGACCAAAUGGAACUGGAGACACGUCUAGUGGUUGUAGAUGCCGAGUCAAUAAUCAGCCUUGUCAUCCCAACUGCCAGAACUGCCACUGAGACGGGCAUACCAAGAAACACA